AUGGCGUCCAAUCUCACAAACGGCAGCCACACGUUGACCAACUACUGCGCUUACAUCGACUCAAAGACAGGGGAUAAGCGGAUUGGCCAUCUCGAUCGGGGGACGCAGACCAUACAACCGCUGGCCUUCGCAUCUGGCACCUAUCUCUCCAAUCUCUACCAGGUCAUCCAGGCCGGUGAAGAUGGCAUAAUCGCAUGCGAAGAGCCUAUAUCCCGAUCUGAAGUCCAACUUCUGCCGCCCAUUAAUGACAGGGACAUACUGUGCGUGGGAAAGAACUACUCUGACCAUGCCAAAGAGUUCCACGCUUCCGGGUUUGACAGUUCCGACAAGGUCGACCAGCCGACCCAUCCUGUGAUCUUCUCCAAGCGCUUCUCCUCGAUCAUAGCAGACGGCGAAGAGAUCUACCCUCACCCGAAGUUCAGCCAAACAGUCGACUAUGAGGGUGAGCUUGGGGUUGUCAUUGGGAAGGCGGGCUUCCGUAUUGGCGAGGCCGAAGCAAUGGAUCAUGUAUGGGGCUACACGAUAGUCAAUGACAUGACAGCGAGGGAACGCCAGCGUGAUCACAAGCAGUUCUAUAUUGGCAAGUCGCCGGACACGUUUUGUCCCAUGGGACCAGUUGCUGUACCUGCUCAUAAAUUGGACAAGGUCUUGAGGGUCCAGACUCAUGUCAAUGGCGAGCUACGGCAGAGCGCAACAACGGAACAGUUGAUAUUCAGCAUUCCUGUUCUGAUCAUGACCAUGUCUGAAGGUCAAACACUGAUGCCGGGUGAUGUGCUGGCAACUGGUACUCCGGCCGGGGUUGGCAUCGGCCGUACCCCUCCAGUAUACUUGAAGUCUGGCGACGAGGUCUCCGUUUCCAUCACUGGCCUGGGCAAACUGACCAACCGCAUUGCCUCUGUGGGCUCGCAAAACCCCACUCCUGCCCGGAUUGAGCGUCUUACAUCGCAAGACGUGCCGAGCACCCGUGACCAGCAAGGCCUUCGCAAAGUGGGCGACAAAGCCCUUCAUGUCAAAGAAGCGGGUAUAGACAGCGGGCCACCCGCGAUCUUCGUCCAUGGUCUUGGGGGCACAAUGGACUAUUGGACCCCUCUGCUGCACUCUACGAACCUCAACAGCGCUUACAAAUGCUACCUGCUCGACCUUGAAGGACACGGCCUUUCCCCAACAGUCCCUCAAAGCAAGCUCAGCAUUGCCUCUUUCGCUGCCGACGUGAAGGCAUUGUGCACAGAAGCGAGCAUCACCACCGACCUCACCAUCCUCGCGCAUUCGAUGGGAUGCUUAGUGGCUAUGAGAUUCACGCUGGACAACCCAGGCAUGGUGUCUAAGCUGAUCCUCGUAGGACCUCCGCCGUCGCCGCUACCUGAAGCCGGCAGCAAAGCCUCGCACGCCAGAGCCGCGCUCGUCCGGGCAAAAGGCAUGGGCGCCGUUGUGGAUGCUGUCAGCACGGCAGGAACGUCGGAGAAGACCAAGUCGUCGAACACGGUGGCGUUGAGCGCGGUGCGCCUGUCGCUUCUGGGUCAGAAUGCAGAGGGUUACGCCAAAGCCUGCACCGCGCUGGCAGAGGCGACAAGCGAGCUGGAAGUGAGCAAGAUGCAGGCGAAGACGAUGAUUGUGACGGGCAGUGAGGACAAGAUCAGUCCCAUGCAAGUCUGUGAGGGGUACAAGGAGAAGAUGCCUGGGGUUGUGGGCGUGGAAGUGCUACCGGACGUAGGGCAUUGGCAUGUGCUUGAGGAUCCGGUGGGCGUGUCGAAGGCCGUCGCCCAGAUACUGUAA